CUCGACCGGGCAACAAGUGUGUGUGUGUGAGUGCGUCCAAAAAGGAUCCCCUGUCCCGACUUCAUCCUAUUUCCAAGUACGAGGACAAUUUUAAAAGAUGGGCAUUGCCUUGAUGUUCCUGCUGGCCCUGUACCAGAUGCAGGCGGCCAUUCACAGUGAGAUCAUCGAGACACCCAACUAUGGCGGUAACUCCUUGCAGGAUGGAGACUCCGAGGUGAGUCCGCCGCAGGACAAUGACCUGGUAGAUGCACUACUCAGCAAUGAUCAGAACGAGAAGGCGGAGCUGGAGUUUAGACACCCCAUCUCCGUGAUUGGCAUUGAUUACUCUAAAAAUGCAGUGAUCUUGCGCUUCCAAAAGCACGGUCGUAAACCGCGCCAAAAGUUCGAUCCGGAAAUGGAGGCCAAGAGGAGAUCCGUGCAGGAUAAUUUUAUGCACUUUGGAAAGAGGCAGGCGGAGCAACUGCCUCCAGAGGGCAGUUACGGAGGAUCCGAAGAGAUGGAGGGCAUGGCUAAGAGAGCCAGCAUGGAUCGGUAUGGCAGGGAUCCCAAGCAGGACUUUAUGAGGUUUGGAAGAGAUCCUAAACAGGACUUUAUGAGGUUUGGUAGGGAUCCUAAGCAGGACUUCAUGAGGUUUGGCCGGGAUCCCAAGCAAGAUUUCAUGAGAUUCGGUCGGGACCCCAAGCAGGAUUUCAUGAGAUUUGGUCGCACUCCGGCGGAGGAUUUCAUGAGGUUUGGACGGACACCGGCAGAGGAUUUCAUGAGGUUUGGCCGCUCUGACAACUUCAUGCGUUUCGGGCGCAGUCCGCACGAGGAGCUUCGUAGUCCCAAACAGGAUUUCAUGCGUUUCGGUCGUCCUGACAACUUUAUGCGUUUUGGCCGCUCUGCUCCACAGGAUUUCGUUCGUUCUGGAAAGAUGGACUCAAACUUCAUUCGCUUUGGCAAGAGCGUAAAGCCAGUGACUCCCGAAUCUAAUCAAACCAAAUCCAAUCAAGGCAAACCAGGCGAAAGGAGUCCAGUGGACAAAGCCAUGACAGAAUUGUUUAAGAAACAAGAGUUACAGGAUCAGCAGGUUAAGAGUGGUGAGCAGACCACAUCCCCGGACGAGGGCAGUGCAGAGCAGGACCAGUUCUUCGGCCAGUGAAUGAAUCCUGCGGGAAACCUCCAUGUAAAUACUUAUUGACAAACUUACCCACGAAUCGUAAUUGGUAUACGUAUACUUCCAUCCUCACACGAACUCCUGAUAAAUGCCUAAACUAUGAAUUUUUAAUGAAUGGGCUGGAUUAAAAAUUCACCGCGCUUUGAAGUUCUAACCUAUGUAUCUAUAAAUAUAUUUAGAGUAAUAUUGAAUGCAUUGAAACUGUGUAAAAAAGUCUUUUGCCAAAAUUCCAAAAUAAAGAUUGCUUUACUGUAAUGUGAUUUUAAUCUCUA